UCACCGGAGAAAAAAAUAUUACCUCUUUCUUUCUUUCUUUCUUUCUUUCUUUCUUUCUUUCUUUCUUUCUUUCUUAAUUUGACGGGAAUCCUGUCCUCUCCGUGCCGUGACGAUGCCGGUGAUGAAGGGACUGCUCGCGCCACAGAACACAUUUUUGGACACAAUAGCGACGCGCUUUGACGGCACACAUAGCAAUUUCAUCCUGGCUAACGCACAAGUAGCAAAGGGGUUUCCCAUAGUUUACUGUUCAGAUGGCUUCUGUGAGCUGACAGGUUUUGCACGUACUGAGGUCAUGCAGCAGAGUUGUGCGUGCAGGUUUCUUUAUGGGCCCGAGAGCAGUGAACAUACCAUCUUGCGUGUGGACUCUGCCCUUGAUGAGCGCAGUGAGCUUAAAGAGGAGAUUAUGUUCUAUAAGAAGAAAGGUGGUGUGUUCUGGUGUCUUCUGGACAUUGUGCCUAUUAAGAACGAGAAAGGCGACGUUGUUCUCUUCCUCGCUUCAUUCAAAGACAUCACAGACACCAAAGCAAAAGUCAUCCCAGUUGAAAAGAAAGAAGAGCGUCAUCAGGGCCAGAUUAAAGGUGGAUCUUCAUUCAGCUCUGCUCAUGUUCACUCUAACACUGUCUUCCAUAACAUCUCAGGACAUCUCCACAACCGGCAGAAAAAAAACAAACUCAAACUCAACAAGAAUGUUUUCGGUGAUCUGCCAGCACUGCCAGAGUACAAAGUGGCAGAUGCCAAGAAGUCCAAGUUCAUUCUCCUUCACUUCAGCACAUUCAAGGCCGGCUGGGAUUGGCUAAUCCUACUAGCCACUUUCUAUGUGGCUGUGACUGUGCCAUACAAUGUGUGUUUUAUCGGUGAUGAAGAUUUGACACGUAGCACCACUGUCAGUGACAUCGCUGUGGAGAUCCUUUUUAUCAUUGACAUAUUGUUUAACUUUCGCACUACAUAUGUGAGCAUAUCUGGACAAGUGAUCUUCGAUGCUCGGCAGAUCUGCAUCCACUACAUGACCACCUGGUUAAUCAUCGACUUGGUGGCUGCGUUGCCCUUUGAUCUCCUCUAUGCCUUCAACGUUAGUGUGAUCUCAGUUGUGCACUUGUUGAAGACGGUACGUUUGCUGCGCCUGCUGCGUCUGUUGCAAAAAAUGGACCGAUACUCCCAGCACAGCUCAGUGGUGCUCACCCUGCUCAUGUCCAUGUUUGCCCUGCUGGCCCACUGGAUGGCCUGUAUAUGGUACAUCAUUGGAAAGAAGGAGAUGGACAACAAUGUGAACACGACAUGGGAUAUAGGUUGGUUACAUGAGCUGGGAAAGCGUUUGGAGCUCCCUUAUACCACAGUGAAUGGAUCAGCUAACAGCGGUCCAUCAUUACGCAGUGUCUACAUCGCGUCACUCUACUUCACUCUCAGCAGUUUGACAAGUGUGGGCUUUGGCAAUGUCUCUGCUAAUACUGAUGCUGAGAAGAUCUUCUCUAUCUGCACAAUGCUUAUUGGAGCACUAAUGCAUGCUGUAGUAUUUGGUAAUGUGACAGCCAUCAUUCAGCGCAUGUAUUCACGUUGGUCCUCGUACCAUACACGAACAAAAGACCUGAAGGACUUCAUAAGAGUGCAUCACCUGCCGCAGAGUCUCAAGCAGCGCAUGCUAGAAUAUUUCCAGACGACCUGGUCUGUCAACAAUGGCAUAGACUCAAAUGAGCUCCUGAAAGACUUCCCUGAUGAGUUGCGUUCAGACAUUGCCAUGCACCUGAACAAGGAAAUUCUGGAACUGACUGUGUUCUCAUCUCUGAGCCAUGGUUGUCUUCGCUCUUUGUCGCUGCACAUAAAGACGUCAUUUUGUGCACCUGGAGAAUAUCUCUUGCGACAAGGAGAUGCACUGCAGGCCCUGUACUUUGUCUGCUCUGGCUCCAUGGAGGUGCUUAAGGAUGGCAUGGUGCUUGCAAUUCUUGGUAAAGGGGACCUGAUUGGUGCCAACUUGUCAGUGGAAAACUGGGUGAUAAAGACAAGUGCAGACGUGAAAGCACUGACAUACUGUGAUUUGCAGUGCAUUAAUCUGAGGGGACUGUAUGAGGUGCUGGACCUGUACCCGGAGUACUCUCACCAUUUUGUUCAGGACAUCACUCAAGACCUCACCUACAACCUCAGAGAGAAGAAAGGGAGCCAUGUUGAGAGGAGGACAAAUGGAAGCUUGAGCCAAAACAGUGGAACCACAAACUCUCACCGACAUGAGGAAGAACUUCACAUUCAACACAAUGCAGUUACUAAACAUGACCUCCCUAAUCUCAGUCCCAGGGUUGUUGAUGGUACAGAAGCCAGUGAAGGAACAGAGACAGGAAACUCUUCAGCAUUCUCUUUCACUUCUGGUUUUCAGAACAGUUCAGCCAACACAAAUAGAAGCAAAACAGGUAUCCUGCAGGUAAGCUCGGCUGAGCUAGCGGCUAAAUCAGAAGAGACCAGGGGACAUUUAGGCCAUCUUGACCAUAAGGUAAGCUCCCUUGGACAGGAAGUAGCUGAACUUAGCCGGGUAAUGAAGAGCCUGGCCUUUCUCAUCGAAUCCAUGAAGGUUUUGCCACAAACAGCCAAUAUCUAUAACCCUCUCUGCAACAAAGGACAUUCCAUACAAUCCAUUUCUCCUAUUACUCCUGAAGACCAGGUCAUACCUUGGAUUAAUUCCCAACUGGUGCAGACUGGGUUAACUCCUGGAGGAUUGACAACAAUCACAGCACAGGACCUGUGUCCCUCUGUUCUGUUUUCCCCAUCAGGCAUUAAUGACACUAGUACCAUCAAAAGCAGAUCCCAAAGCCUAAAAACGUUGCACCAAUCCCCACCCACUCACAUCACUGGAACAGGACUUCAUGCAAAGCUAUCAUGUGAAAAAGGGACAGGUCACAGUCCCCUGGGUUUGUAGCAACAACGUCCGAAUGGACAAAUCCCCGGGUAAUCUUAAGUGAAACCCUGAGGCAUGUGAACUAUGACUGAGAAGUGUGGAUUAACGCAUAAGUUAAUUUAAAUAAUAUUUAUUUACAUACACGUUAAAUAGAAGCUAUUACAUCUUAAAUUGUAUUACCAGUUUAUCAAUGUUCUGGUAACAGUCUACAGGGAAAUGAGCUGAUCGUUAUCAUAUUCUGACCUUCACUUCUCUUAAACUGUCUAAAAGUUCACGCUAAUUGUGUCUGAAGUCAAGGCUCUGCUUUGGGUUUAAUGUAAUUGAUUAGAUAUAGAGUCUAAUCUAUUUCAAAACAUUGUGUAUAAAUCACUUCUAAUACAUGAAAAAACACGACUUCCUUGGUCUCUAAUAGACACAAAUGAUUCAAAGACCGUAACGUGUUGUAUUUAUGGUGGGUUUAAAAAUUCAUAUGUAGUUGCAGAUUUUGUACAUCACAGCCUGUUAUAUUGCUCUUCCUACCUAUGUAUGAUCAUUCAUUUCUGUUUAACCAUGAACACAGUGCAAACACAAAUGCUGAGUCUGAUCAAAAUAGCAUGACGUUUCCAUUAACUGGGAAAUUGCACUUCCUCUGCUAUGAAAAUGCAGGCCUUAAAAAAUGCUGUUAAUAAAUGCACUAAAUUCAUGGAAGAAGCCUGCAGAUUAUCACUGCAAUGACAUUAUUAAUGAAAAGGUUUAUGUUAUCUGCUUAGGGAACAAUUUUAAUGCAUGUCUGUGCACAUAUUCAACAGCCCUUGUUACUAAGUUACUAAGACCACCACAGUGCAUAUUUAUUAUCAGCACAUUUUGAUUAUCUACAUCUACAAAAAUAUCUUCAGGUCUUGCCUGUUUUCAUUUUAAGAGCAUGUGUAGUAUAAUUGGGUGUGGCAUAACAAUAGGUCUUUAAAACGCCAUAUAGAGUUAACCAGUAGGCAUGACAACCGCAUGAAAGUCAUUUUGACUGUGUGUGUGUGUGUGUGUGUGUGUGUGUGUGUGUGUGUGUGUGUGUGUGUGCAGGCAAUGUUGGAAGAUAGACACACCUGUAAGUUAAUAGAAAAAGGUGCUUGCCCUUUUCCCUGUGGUCCGUGCAUGUUAGCAUUUCUUAGCAAAUUUUAUAUUUCCUUGUUUGUUUAUAUAAUUAAAAUAGAGUUUACCUGCAUCCUAGUUUUAGAACUGUCAAAAAGUCAAUAUAUCGCAAUAAUAUAUUAUAUAUUACAACAUUUUGCAAUGCUCAGUGCAACACUGCUGCAAACUCAGACACUCCUGCGCUGCCCCCCUUCUGCUGGAGCAUCUUGUCCCAGAAUGCUAACACUGCUAAAAAAUUGAUGAAAGGUAUCGCGUGUAAUAUUUUGGUCAGAUUUUUCCUUCAAGUGUCACU